AUUGUGUUAAGUCAUUAAUUGUCAAUUGAGGAGCAUGGAAGGGGAAAGAAGGAAGAGAAAAACAGUGGAAGAGGAAGAAGAAGAAAACGAUGAUGAAAAAAUGGAGAAGUUUUUUGCUUUGAUAAAGAGCACAAGAGAUCUACUAUCCAAACCAGACAAAAAAGUUGAAGAAAAAAAGGAAAAGGGGAUUUGGAAUCCAACGUUUCAACUAGAAGAUUUCAUUGGUUGUGAAGAGAUAGCAAAGAGUAAUAAUAGUAGUGUUUCUGUUUCAGUUACUCAUCAUCAUGAUGCUAAAGCUGGUUCUUCUACAGUGAAAGAAAAAGAGGUUAUGAUGAUAGUAGAGAAAGAAUGUGUGCAAGAAGCAGCUGCAACAACAAUUUCAGUAGAUGCAUCAGAGGAACAAAAUGAAGAGAAAGAGAAAACAAGUGAUAGUGGGUUAGACUUGAAUCUUUCUUUGUAAUAGCAACAAUGAACAUACAAUAUGAUGGAUUGAUUUGUAUGUAACAUCACCAUUUUAGAUCGAAUGUAUGUUUGAUAUACUAUGGAUUGAUUUGUAUGUAACAUCACCAUUUUAGAUCCAAUUUAUGUAUGAUAACCGACACUUAUACUUAUAUUCAAAAUUACCUUAAAAUUUCAAAUUA